UCUCUUCUUCCGUUCCUCUCUGAAACCAAAUUACUAUUCCAUGAAUGUCGAUGAAGGAUGAUACAGCAUAAGCUGUUUCGCUUUCAGAUUAGUUUACGUUGUAAUUCAUUUUUAGUUUUUCUUUAAAAGAGGAUAUAGGUUUUGUUUAUGCGAGAAUUUCUCAUGCUGAGGCAAGUGGUAACCAAGGUUUUUAGCAACAACAAUGGGGUUCUUGCUACUAGAGGACGCAAGCUUACAACUUGCUUGUACAUGGCCGCUUGUGGUUUCCAUGGGGGAAAGGUUGAUUCUGCACGGAGAAGCUUUUUCGGUGUAGAAGAUUUCCUUGACGAUGACAACAGCCGACCAUACACUUUCGAGAAGGGAAAAAAGUCGAAGAAUCCGAACAAACAUGUAUCUUUUAAACAGAGAACAGUAGCCUAUAUGGAGCCAUUUACACUCGAUGUUUUCAUCUCAAAGCGCUUUGUUUCAGCCUCAAUCACCCAUAGGGUAACAUGCAAGCAGGUUGCUGUGGCCGGUACAAACUCAAAAGACAUCAAAGCUGUGCUAAGGUCCCGAUCCGAUAUCCCUGCGUGCUUAGCCGUUGGUCGAAUUUUAUCCGAUCGGGCAAGAGAAGCCGAUGUUUACACUGCCUCUUAUACUCCCAGGGAGAGGGACAAGUUUGAAGGAAAGAUCAGAGCAGUUGUUCAAUCCCUCAUUGAUAGUGGGAUUGAUGUAAAAGUUUAUCUUGACUGAAAAUGCUGCAUUUGGUCUUGAAUGAAACUUGCAAAAUAGUGUUUUUUCUAAGAAGUUUAGUAGAUUAUGUAAAUUUUGCUAUUCGAACACCCAUUAUAAUCUUUUACGACCACGGAUAAUAAUAUCUAUUUAUUCUUCUAUA